UUUACAUGGUACGCUAUGUGCUUUUGGUGGUGCAUCAAACUCAGUUGAAAUCUCCGAAGAACACUGACCACACUGCCAUCUGAUGCUUUGGCGGGUUAUCACUUAUCACAAAUGAACAGAAGGUGCGUACCCGUUGGGUGGAGUCAGUGCAGUUUGUCCGGCGUCACUUUUCCAGCCAGACCGGAUGUAGGUUUGGUGUGUCCAAGCCUCAAAUACAAAAUUGAGCUACGUUCACCACCUCUGUUAUCUGCUUUGAAUUGACUUGAGAUAAUCAGAAGUGAUUUGGGUGAUGACGACUCGUUCCAAAGUUUUCGGUCUGACAUGAUGCACGGUGUCAGCGUAAGUGGCCACAUUGAGGUCGGAGAUCCAAAGAAGGAACGAUGCAGGUUGACUCCGGAAUUUAAGACGGAGCAACAUGUGUUAAGGUCAGUCACCAUCUGCAGACCUGGAUAAUCCUCAUUAGUAGAUUAGCAACACACAAGCGACACUCAGAGGAAGAUCCCAUUUAUGUUCGGAUGCUUCUGGGCUGCGGCAAGGUCGGACGAGUCGCUUUCUGUGCGAGAGGAGACUUUAGUUUUUUUUCACCUGACCUAAAAAUGUCAAGAGCCAGAUUUUUAUUUUGAAGAAAGAAGUACAAUAAAUUGUCGGUGGCCCGGCGGUGCCAUUCUUCAGACGUUCACGACAGGAUGAUUUCCUACGUGGAGUGUUUGGGUCGAGACGGGGCAGCAGGGAACAGCGUGGCGUCGCAGUGCUGGAAUUCGGAGCCCGAUGAGGAGCAAGACCAGCUUCUUCCUCGUAAGAUCGUCCCGCUUCAGCCCAAGACAGAAGGCAGUCUUCGGCGACGUCUGCUGACGGCUAAAAUCCACCAGCACCAGGAAGCCAUUUGGGGACGAAAUGCAGGAAUGGCUGGCUGGCCGCCCUCUGGGCACCAAAAGCCCCUCCCGCCUCAGCCGCAAUACCCCAAACCUUGUUACGACCAGCACCGCUCGCCACAAGCCCGAAUCUAUACCAGCGUCCCGCCGGAGGCACACGGCAAAAUGUCGUUUGCUGAAAUUCACAGAAAGCAGCCUGUGCAGUCCCAUCAGGUACCCCGCCCCGCCCUCCCGCAGUGGCGACGGACUAGCUCCUGCCCUCCCACCCCGGAGCCUCGCCUUGGCUACAUACCUCCUGACCCGUCACCUCUGAAAGUCAGGGAACUAGAGGUGCCGCCGCAGUCCAGCUACCGGCCCGGCAAGAAGCGAAAAAGCAAAUUCUUCGGCUUUAAAAAGCAGCAACGGAGGGAGGCCACGCCCCUUUUAUGCAAAGCAAAGGACGGCGACCGCUGGUCCAUUCGCUACACUACCCAGAAGCCCCAGCAGGGUCUGCUCUUCAUCCCUGCAAAAGGGCCACACGCGAGCGACGCCGAGGACUUGCAAGCAUUUUGCAAAGUGACCCAGCAUGGAGACAGCAAACCGACCACCUCUCUGCUCUGCACGCCGAGCCCCACCUCCUGCACAUCACCUGGACUCCGCCAAUCAGAGGGCAGGGUGCACAGGCGAUGGAGGGACAAAAGCAGAAAGAUGUCCUCAGCCUCCUCGGAUGAAGAGGAAACGGUCAUCCUCAACAACACACGUUCUCUGACCCCACUCAUCCUCAACCCUAUCGAUCUCACCUCCUGCUGGGACGUCUUUGGUGAUGAGACUGACCUCGGGGUCAAGGCGGAGCCAAACCCCCGACUCCCGACCCCAGAGGAGAGGAUGAGGCAACAGGCAGAUGCGGUGACGACUGAAGUAGUUCCCAUCAACAUAACAGGUCAGAGUUUUGAUCGGCAGGCCAGUUUCCGAAAAGUGGCUUCCAACCUGGACUCCUCAUCCUGCCGCCGUCGGAAUCCAAACCACCGCACGACAGUCCCCGUGAACCAUGUUGGUGUCGUCAGUCGACAGGAUACAGAUUCGCCUGCCGAUCAGUGCUCCACAGCCUCUCCGCUUGGCCAACGGGAAGAGGAGGAGUUGGUCAUGAGGAAGAGAGAGUCGCUGGCGAGGAAGAUCCGAGCCCCGAGGGGGGAGGGUCUGGCCAGCCUCAUGAUGACCCUCACCUCACCACGUGUCGACAGCCUCUCUUGCUCCUCGAACGUCCGCAGCCUGCCCCGCAUGGCCACCAGGUCCUCUCUGGACUCAGACACCAGCUGCAACAGUGUCUCUUACAGGACACUCAGCGCCUCCUCAUCCUGUUCCCAGGAUUUCUCCACUGACCUUCAGCCCCUGCUACCCUGUGGUGUGAGCAUAAGGGCCAGUCCUCAGUGUCCUUCCCCCUCUCCUCUCAGCACCCCUUCCUGUUCCCGGAAGUGGGGGAGGACUUGUUCUUGUGAUUGCUCUUGUGAUCUUGUGAUCGACUGUGGCCAGUCUCCAAACUGCACCCACUACAGCUCCUCUUCUACUUCAAUAGCAGAUCCAGAGUCUCUGGAUGGGGGGUCCAUCCUCUCCCGCUGCGCGAGCCAUUGUUCCCUCCAGCCCAAAUGUCGCACUGGUGGCAACUGGAGUCCCAUCAACCAGGAGACAAGUCCUGUUCCUGCGGUCUCUUCUGCUUGCUCCUCCUCGAGUAACUUUGUGUCGGUGUACUCAGAGGAUGUGAUGACCUUGUCUUCCUGGCAGAGUCGAACUAGUUUGUCCAGCACCUCCUCCUCCUGCCGUAGCAUCUCCCUCCGCAAGUCCAAGCGUCCGCCUCUGCCACCUUUACGGACCGACUCCCUCAGGCGCCGAAACAGCCGCAGCAAGUCAUGUCAUUCAUCAUCGAGCCCCGCUAUGGAGAGCAGUCCUCGCUCGUCAGCGCAGGUCUUGGAUGAUCCCUGGGUACCUCGGGACCAUACCACACAACGCCAGAGUAAGAUCGACUCUGGCACAGUCAUUAACUUUGAAACUUCGAGUGUAGACCAGUCAUCCAACAACACCCCUUCAACCUCUGGCCGCACUCUCGGGCUCACCUAUUAUUCUCUGGUCUCAAAAGAGGACGGACAACUUCAACAUCUCACUUCCCCCUCGAGCGGUUACUCCAGCCAGUCCAGUACCCCCGUGACGGGCACCUCCCCGGGAGCCUUGUCUCUUUCCCAAAACUCCCCUUUCUUCUACCCUUCAGUAACCUCUCUCCCCUUGUCUCCCAAGAAGUCGAAACCCCUCCCUCCGGAUAGGAGGUCCUCUCUCCUCUCCUCCUCUUUUUCCUCCUCCUCUUCUUUGUCAUCCUGCUCCUCCUCCAACUCCUCUGCCCAGCGUACUCACCCCCCUGCCCGCGUGCUUCCAACUCCCCCUCCUCCACCUCCUCUUCCUCUCCAACUGUCAUCUCUUCAACCCACACCUCAGCCACCUUCUUCUCUUCCUCCUCCCCCACCUCUCCCACCGUCUCUUCAUCUGACUCCACAUCUCCAACUGUCGUCUCCUCCUCUCCAACCUUCAUCUUUUCAUCCCUCUCCACUGCCACCUUGUAGUCUUCUCCCUCACCCUUCUCAUUCCCCGCCUUCUUCUCUUACCCCUGCACCUUCACUGUCACCGUCAUCUCUUCCUCUUUGGCCGAUUCAUCUCAUCUCAUCAUCUUCUCUUCCUCUCCAGCAGUCAUCUCUUCAUCCCGGUCCUCUGCCCCAUACUUCUCUUCCUCCUCCACCUCCUCCUCCUCCUCCUCUCCCACCAUCAAAUCGUCCUCUUCAACCCGCUCCGACAAAACCAUCACCUGGACAUCCCACUCCUCUUCCAAGCUCGCCGCUUCCUCCUCACCACUCUCAUUUCUCACCUUCUUCACUCUAUCCUCCAACUCCUCUGCCAUCAUCACUUCCUCUUCAGCCCCCUCACCUCCUGCCGUCUUCUGUUCCUCCUCCCGCUCCUCUACAGCCAUCAUCUCUUUAUCCCAGUCGUCUGCCAACUUCUUCUCUUCCUCCUGACUGCCCUCAUCUCACAUCUUCUCCUCUUCCUGCUCCCCCUCCUCUCCCACCGUCAUCUCUUCCUCCUCACCUCCCUCAUCGCCCGCCUUCCUAUCUUCCUCCUGCGCCGACUCCUCUUUCGGCUUCAUAUCUUCCUCCUCCUUCUUCUCCACCUUGUCCUUCUUCUCUCCUACCUUCAUCCAUUCCCCUUUCCCUACGGCCAUCAUCAGUCCCCCCACCUCUCCCGCCUUCCUUGGCUUCUCGACCCCCUCCUCCUCCAUACUCCCAUGCAGUCAAGCAGUCCUCCCAUCACGCUACGCUGAUCUCGAUGUCUCCAGCUGUCGUCGAGCCACGCGCCUGCUUACACCUGCCACCAGGCUUCGACAGGCCCCCAAAUCGCGGUGUGAAUGGUUUAAACCUAUUCACCCCUCCUCUUGUCACUGCACAGGCUUUGCAGAGCGUCAAGCUUCGCUCCAUUACGAACCAGGAAGUACUCCCCCCAGACAGCGUGGCAGCUGAUGCCAAGCUUUCUGACACUCCUCGGCGAGAUUUUGCUGCGAGUCUUCGUACCCCUGCCCAUGUUAAUUCAAAGCAACAACAGCCUGAAAUAUUGCCUCGUUGUGAGGCGGUGUUCAAGGAUAAGUCUGUUUACACGCACAUCCAAAAUGAUCAACCUACAAAUGGCCAAAUAGAUUCAGGGGAUUCUCAAAUGGACGCCGGACUGGUGAAUAAUCGGCUACGCGAAGGUUCUUGUCUGAAAACGUCUGAUGUUACCCCAACCCAAGUGUUAUCAGAGGCCAAGUUAACGGAGUCAUCAUACGGGCCACAACAUGAUAACCAUCAGGUCACCGGUAAUUUCGCAUGCCAUCCAUGUGAGGUUGCGAGCCUGAAGAAGAAGCCCAUCCUUCCAAAGAAGCCCAAUCUUAGUAUUCUGGGGGUGAGAGCAUCUCCAGAGGCCGGAGAAAAGCCAAAAGGGGACUGUGGCUUGGCGUCAAUCGCAUCUGACCUUGUAAAUCCACAAUGCUUCCCGGAAACCAUGAAUUCCACAGAAUGUGCCGUUGGACCCACAGGUAACAAGUUGCAUGGUGACACUUCAUCAAGCAAUAAGGGCUGCCAUCCCUCGAGCACGGUGGGUGUUCUGUCCUCUUUCGAUGGCACGGCCGCCGGACCUUGGUGCGCUUUCGAGACUUUAACACGUAGCUCUUUAGCAGUCCAAAUCGGUACUGGGACAUCCCUCCAGCAAGUAGUGGACAGACAAUUGAGGUGCCAGAUGAGGUCACUGGGUGAGGAUGAGCAAGAAGGUGAGGAGCAGAGAAAAUCAACUCUGAUGUUUGCCACCGCCAUACAUGACAAACCAAGGAAGAAAAGAAGGGCAACAGGAAGACGCCUGCUAAGAAUGGCGUCGAAUAGAGUAUCUUCAUCCUCUUCAUCAUCAUCUUCUUCAUCCUCCGACGAAGAGGCUGAGUCACAGACAAGGGAGAGCAGUUUUAGUGCCAUCAUGGGCCUUAGAAGCUGCUCCCUGAGCCGUGUGCUGUCGGGCGACAACCUGCAAGGCGCACUCUCACUGACGGACCUCCUCGUGGAAGAGGAUAAAGAGGAGGAGGUUGCGGCCAGGAAGAUAGAUGCCGGUUGGCGUUCUGAAGCUGACCUCUUUACAGGUGAAUCUGCGGAACCACGAACAACCGAGGACCUCUUUGCCGUCAUCCACAGGUCAAAGCGAAAGAUGUUCGGACGAAGAGAUUCUUCCAAUCUGACCUCAGCCGAUCACCGACCUCGACCAAGACCGCAAUCCUUGGUAUCCCUCAAAGGUAAAAGACCGUCCAAAAGUGAGAGCUUCAAGACACUCCUGCUGAGAAAGGGGAGUCGCUUGCAGUCAUCUUCCCGGAUGUCGGCUGUGGAGCGUCUUCGCGUCGCUGCCGCUCCUGCCACCUCCGUCCCUCCGCGUGCCCGCGUCCAGGCCACGUGCUUGUGUUCCGCAAACACUGACACGACUCUUGAUGUGUCACAAACAUACCAGAACACGACCGCACCCUGGACCCUGAGGCAAAGAGCCUCACACUGGCCACUCUUCUCCUCGGCGGUCUUUGUUCCUUCCUCCCUUGCAACGCAACCUCGCCCGCACACCGCUCCGAGGUCAGCAAGUCGGCGGUGGCCUGCUCGCCACCGCCACUUUGCUGGCCCCAUGACUGCCAUCUAUGAGAGGGAAGGAGAAGAGGAGUAACAUGUACAUUCCUCACAAAAAAAAGAUUGGGUCAUUUGGGUUUUUUUUUCGCGUGAGAUUUUGGGAUGAAGCUCUCAUCCUGUUGUGACUUUUGACAUUCAGCUCCUAGUUAGAGAGCAGCAAGUUGUGGGAAAAACAAGUAUUUUAGAAUUGGACACAAGUGGAUCAAUUUAAGAUCAGUUAAUCCUGAAAUUUCACCUGAAAACCAAAACUUUCUUUUGUAUCCUGAAAGACUCAGAAGACUCAUCAUCAUGUUCCAUCAAGUUAUUAUGUCGUUUUUUUUCUCUUUGUAACAUAUGGACAUGAGAUCAGUGUUUGACCACCAUCAUCAUUAUUUUCUCAAACAUGUUGAAAUUAAUUCAGCUGUAGUUUAAUGUAAUAUCAAUAUGUCAUUUUAAUUUCAAUGUGUGUAAAAAAAAAAAAAAAACUCUCCUGGGUUUAUAAUCUGCUGUACUGUAGUCCAGUUGCACAAACUGAACCAGCAUGUUACUAGCAAUAAGUCCAGAUUUUAAAAGCAAUAAACGAGAUGAAUAUGACGUAAGAAAUCAUGCAAAGUGGUGAAAGGUGAUGAAGGUGUGUAAAAAAACCUUUUAAAGUGCUAAAUUAAAAAAAAAAAAUCAUG